ACUUAGGUAUGGAAAGCCAGACAGCCGCGCUCCUGUAGUCAGCGUCACGUGUCCACAAGAGGUAACAGGACUUCGUACACCUUUGAGUCAUCAAGUGAAUCGGAUUUCUGCUACCAAAACUUUGGAUUUACGGUGUUCGUUAUUCAAGAAUCGAACGCGUGGGUCAAGCUAGGUAACUUAGUGCUCGUGUGGCGUGCAUUUGUGGCCGUGGUCCGACCUGAAAUCUUUCCAUCAUGACUUCCCACACAUAUGAUAUAUCCGAUAAGUCCAGACUACUUAUCCAUCUCAUCUUCAAUCAAGAGAGUCACGGUGGACCACGAAAUGAAGCCCAAUACAGUGUUCCUGUCUCUUGCUGAAGAACUCCAGGUUUUCAUACUGAGCUUUCUUCCUUACCGAGAUAUCCUUCAUUGCACAUCUAUAUGCAAGGCCCUUCGCCAGACAUAUGUGUCCUCCUCCGAGCUUCAGUACAUAGUUGAACUCGGCGGCCAACAUUUGCUCCCUGUACCCAACACGGACAACCACACACCUAUUUCCCAGCGUCUACGACUCUUGAGGAAUAAAGCUCACGCAUGGUUCAAGGCUGACGUCGACUCUUUCGAACCAUUCCCUAUACCGUAUAAACUGUACACUACGGGUAUGAUCAUCGCUAGUGGGCAUGUCUAUUUCUGGGACAAAGACGACGAUACUGCCAGGAUCAUUCCGCUUCUUCCGAAGCCCCCACAACAAACAUUCCAGCGCUACUGGUCUCCAGGAACGUUGUGUUCAGUCCCCCACUCAACCAACAUCGCUGUGUUCAUGGACCCAGCACAAAAUUUGAUCGCCGUCGCGUAUAUUGUUGAUCACAAGACAACUUUUAUUGACCUUAAAGCAUUGAGUGUCGAUGGUGUUCACCCCCGCGCUGCUGGACAAACAAUGUUUCUGUCUGGGCUGCCCGGACACGAUGACUCGGAAAUCCGCACGAAAACCGUCGAGCUCAAAGGGUUGGGGAGGCAUAUCGCUUUGGAGCGUUGUUUGUCCGUUGAACAAGGGACUUCGUCAAACGACAUGUGGCAGUUACAGAUUUGGGACUGGCAACAUUCAACGACACCCAACAGCGUCCUUAGCGGCUUAACAGAUCCCGAAUACGGCACCACAUUCGAUUUUUGUUUCCUCGGAGAUAAUAGGUUGCUCGUUUUGACCAACGAUUUGAAGAUCUAUUCCAUCGAGGAUAUGUCCCAGACGCCACAAUUGCUGGCGUGUUUCCUGUUACCCAUCCCAUUGGAUGGCACACGGUUUUAUCUUCCGCUUGAUCAGAUCCAAGCCCAACAAUCUAUGUACACUUCUGACCCUGCACAUCGCAUACUAUGUAUCGUCGCGGGCUAUCCCACUUCUCAUGUCUUCAUCAUUUCCACAAAGGUUUUCUUCGACCUUAACGGAAUAGCAGCAACAACACCAAUACCAUGGGAGAAUUGGGGCCCCUCAAAUACUCGUGUUUUCAACCAAUCAGAGUUCUGCGCCAUUUGCGGCAAUCGAGUUUUGCAGAGAUUUUGUGUCCGCGAGGAGUACAAAUUACAUGUGAUGGAUUUCAGUCCGCUAGCUGUGACGAACAGGCGGGGUCUGGGACGAGUGGUGAAAGAGCCAUCUACGAUAUACAUCAGUGGCUACACUUACACGCCAGGGGACAGCUUGACAACAUUCCUGCCUUAUGUCGAGGUCGUAUUGGACAGAACCUUCCAAGAUGAUGUGCCUGAUAUAUGGAUAGAUGAAGAUAGAAUGUAUUUAUUCGAUUCUGAAGAACAGACCAUGGAAGGUACUAGCACGCUCAGGGUUGUCGCCGUCUAGAACUUAGGCUAUCAGGUAGUUACUUAUGAAGAUAUAUCGAGGCUGGCUUACUGAUCAAUGUACUGGGUCUCGACUUUCGAGCAU